AUGGUGAUCGGUAAAUACCGCACUCAGCUUUGGGACAAACAGAGCAGUGCCUUCCUCCCCGCCACACCAGGACUGGGGAUGCACGUGGAGAUCAAGGACCCUGAUACCAAGGUGAUUCUGUCGCGUCAGUACGGCUCAGACGGCCGCUUCACCUUCACGUCUCACACUCCAGGAGAACAUCAGAUCUGUCUUCACUCCAACUCCACCAAGAUGGCACUGUUUGCUGGAGGAAAACUGAGGGUGCAUUUGGACAUCCAGGUGGGAGAACAUACCAAUAAUUACCCCGAGAUUGCAGCCAAGGACAAGCUGACAGAGGUGGAGCUGAGGCUGAGACAGCUGCUGGACCAGGUGGAGCAGAUCCAGAAGGAGCAGAACUACCAGCGGUACCGGGAGGAGCGUUUCCGUGGCACCAGCGAGAGCACAAACCAGCGUGUGCUGUGGUGGUCCAUUGCACAGACACUGAUCCUCAUGAUCACAGGAAUCUGGCAGAUGAAGCACCUCAAGAGUUUCUUCGAGGCCAAGAAACUGGUCUAG